UUUAAAAAACUACUAGCGAGCGACAUUUGCUGCACGAGCACGUCUUUCCCCUAACAGAGAAAACAGCAUUUUCGGUGUUUAAAAGCGUCAGCGUUUUCAUUUAACAUCCGAGCCACAUGACCACAAGUCUAUCAGUCAUGUGAAUCCUGCCCAUAAGACACGCAGACAGCGUUUCCCGUUCAGCUCGAUACGGUCGGUAUAAUCGUUAGAAAUCCGUGCCCGCGCUAAUAUGCACUUUUUUUAAACCCUUGCUAAUUGAUAGACUGCAAUACACUUCAAUGGAGAAAAGCGUUCAGAGUGUAUUUAGAUUGUACAAUGGCACAGAAGUACUCUAAAAGACACACGAAACAACCAAAGGCACUGGCAAAUGAAACCGAGCGAGCAUCACUUGCACUGACUGUAGAGAAGCGAGGUCAAGUGGAGCUGGUCUCUGGCUCAGCAUGGCAGGGCUUCAGGAGGAAAGUGUGUCUGCUGGUGCCCUACAUGUGGCCCAGGGGAAGUGUGGGGCUGCAGGCUCUGGUCAUCCUGUGUGUCGGGCUGCUGGGACUCGAGCGGCUCAUCAAUGUGUUUGUACCCAUUUACAGCAGGAAUAUAGUGAACCAGCUGUCGGUGACGGAGAGCUGGAGUACCCUGGCCUUCACGGUCUGUGUUUACGUCCUCCUUAAGUUCUUGCAGGGCGGAGGGGUAGGGACAUCAGGGUUCGUCAGUAACUUGCGCAGCUUCCUGUGGACUUAUGUCCAGCAGCACACCAGCCGUGUAGUGCAGGUCCGUCUUUUCGCUCACUUGCAUGACCUCUCUCUCCGCUGGCAUCUGGGCCGACGCACCGGAGAUGUCCUGCGCAGCAUUGACCGUGGAACCUCCUCAGUCAACAACUUGUUAAGCUAUAUUGUGUUCAGCAUUGUACCCACUAUUGCUGACGUCGUCAUUGCCAUCAUCUAUUUUGUGACGUACUUCAGUGCCUGGUUCGGCCUCAUUGUUUUCAUUUGCAUGUUUCUCUACCUCGCCAUCACCAUCAUUAUCACUGAAUGGAGGACCAAGUACAGGCGGGAAAUGAACACACAGGACAACAUUGCCAAGUCAAAAGCAGUAGACUCGCUUCUCAACUUUGAAACCGUAAAGUACUACAAUUCAGAGAGUUUUGAAGUCAGGCGCUUUGAGGAUGCCAUCCUGAAAUAUCAGGCAUGUGAAUGGAAGACCAAUGCCUCCCUGGCUCUCCUGAACCAAACUCAGAACCUGAUCAUUGGGUUGGGCCUGUUGGCUGGAUCCCUGCUUUGUGCAUACUAUGUUACAGUGGACAAGUUUAAAGUCGGUGACUACGUUCUUUUUGGAACCUACAUUAUUCAGCUCUACACUCCACUCAACUGGUUUGGUACAUAUUAUAGAAUGAUCCAAAGUGCGUUUGUUGACAUGGAGAGCAUGUUGGAUCUGCUAACCGAGGAAAAAGAGGUAAAGGACGAUGUGAAUGCAGGAGACCUGUUGUUCACAAAAGGAAGGGUUGAUUUCCAGAACGUGUGCUUUAGUUACACUGCUGGGAAAGAAAUUCUCAGUCAAGUCUCAUUCACAGUGAUGCCUGGUCAGACAGUUGCACUGGUCGGUCCGUCCGGAUCAGGAAAAAGCACCAUCAUCCGUUUGCUUUUCCGCUUUUAUGACGUACAGGGUGGCUGCAUCCUCAUCGAUGGUCAGGACAUCUCUAAGGUGAAACAGACCUCUCUUCGAUCCUACAUUGGUGUAGUUCCUCAGGACACCGUUCUUUUCAAUGAUAACAUCCGUGAAAACAUCCGCUAUGGACGCAUAUCUGCAAGUGACCAAGAAGUAGAAGAAGCUGCAGAGGCUGCUGAUAUCCACCAGAAGAUAUUAUCCUUUCCAAACGGAUAUGAUACUGAGGUGGGCGAAAGGGGUCUGAAGUUGAGCGGAGGGGAGAAACAGAGAGUGGCCAUCGCUCGCACAAUCCUAAAAUCUCCUCGCGUUAUUUUGCUCGACGAAGCUACGUCUGCUUUGGACAGUCAAACGGAGCGUAAUAUUCAGGCUUCUCUCGCUAAGGUGUGUGCCAAUCACACCACUCUGGUCGUGGCACACAGGUUAUCCACCAUCAUCAACGCCAAUCAAAUUCUGGUUCUUCAUGAUGGGCAGAUUGCAGAACAAGGAAGGCACGAGGAGCUGCUGGCCAUGGGUGGACUGUACGCAGCCAUGUGGUUAAAACAGCAGCAAACCCAAGAGUCAGAGGUCUCUAUAGAUGAAGAACCGCAGGAGCCACAGCAGAGUGGCUGAAGCUGAUGGAGCGGCGAUGAUGAAUGGUGAUGGGUCAAAUCAAUCAGGAAAAUGGUAAAAGAGCCCACUGAGCUCCAGAGUUCAUCUCAGACACAGGGGCACCAGACUGCACCAAAGUAAUAAAGUAAGAAGAGUGUUUCUCAGGGAAAGGUGUCAUUAAAAAUCUACCAAUCAUUGAGUACCUCUAAAUAUGUUAAAGGGAUAGUUCACCAUAAAAUGAAAAUUUUCCUCAUUUGCUCAUUACUGUCAUGUUGUUCCAAACUUGUAUGACUUUUUUUCUGUGCAAAAUGAAAGCAGAUACUGUGUUUUUAAUUUGAGUGUUAGCGGUGGUUCCCAUUGACAUGCACACUUGUCCCACAUGUCCCACAAAGAAAGUCAUAGAGGCGUGACAGCAUUUCGCUUUUUGGUGAUUUUUUUUUUUUUUUUUUUGAAAUGCUUAGGAAAUAGCAUUAAUGUAAAAAUACUGUGAUGUGAUGACUACAUUCAGUCAUUUGUUACAUUGUUUUUUCUUUAUAUUACAUAAACAUACAACGCUUUGUUUAUACUUCUAUCACUGUAAACUGAGGAGAUGUGGAGGUAUCUCUAUCAUCUACAGAUGGACAGAUACUAGGUAACAUGAACACAAACAUUUAAGUCACCUUUAUGUAUUGCUUUGUUCAUGUUACUCUGUAUUUAAAGAAGCACAUAGUAAAUCCUAUGAACUACAUGUA